CCAAAGUAAGGAGUAGUCCAUGAGAAACUGCAGACUUUAUUCAGUCCUUCUACGUUAGGUUGCUAGCAUCUUCAACAUGGCUUCUAGCGAGGAGUUCAACUUAGCUGCUCUUGUAUCCCAUUAUCUGCUGCAAAAGGAUGCCUCGUUGGCGAAGAUUUUUCAGAAGAAGACUCGCGCGCCUAAUCUGCCAGAAGAAGCACCCAAGUUAAAAGAUGUAUUUCGAUAUUAUCAAAAUCACUGUCCCAAGAAACUUGUUAUGAAGAUGCAAGUUGAAGAUAGCAGUUCAGCCUCAAGUUCAGAUAGUCAAGAAGUCCUGAAAAAAGUCACACAAGUCAAUGGUGACUCACAGGUUAAAAUGACUGCAGUUAAGCAAGCUGCGGAAUCUUCUUCCGAGAACACUUCCUCCUCCAGUGAUGAAGAAGCAACAUCUAAAAAACCGAUAAAGAAGUCAGAACCCAUUAAGGUUACACAUGCAGAUCCAGAAGCAGAAAGUUCUGAUGACAGCUCUUCAGAGGAAGAAGAGGAAAUUCAAAAGACAACAAAAGAGAACAAGAAAAAGAAGAAGAAAUCGUCAAGCGAAGACAGCGAUAAUGUCUCGAAGAAGUUGACAUCAACUCCUGUAUUAACUCAUAAGUCGACUUCAAUAGCAUCGCAUAAAUCAACACCGACUACUGUGGAAACUCCAAAGUCCAUGCAGAAAACAUCUAAGUCGACAUUAUCUGCGUCAGCAAUUCACAAGUCGACACCAAUGCCAUUAGUUGCCCAUAAAUCGGUACCUACUGCAAAGAAUUGUAAGAAUAUAAAACCUAUGGAUUAUGACGAUUCUGACGAUUCCUCGGAACAAGAGGAGGAACUGGUGGUUAAGCAGAAACCCAUAGUGGCUAAUAAAAAAACAGAAUCGUCCAGUGAUGAUUCUGAUGAUUCAUCGGAAGAUCAAAAACCACCAGUUAAGCAACAAUUAGUUGCAAAAACAUCUACACCAAAAGUAACUCAAUCGUCGCAGAAACAGAGCAAAGCAACGCCAGCAAAAGUGACAAAAGAGGAUCCAUCAUUGAGUGAAGACAGCAGCGACGAGGAGGAAGAGGAAGAAGAGGAGCCAAAGAAAGCAACUGUUGUUAAAAAGAUAACAACGCCGAAAGCAAUAUCCGCUAAAGUGGAAUCUACCACUGAAGAUAGUACUGACAAAAAGAAAUCCGCAUUGAAGAGACCAGCUCCCGUUAAGACUCCAGCGAUACAAAAGUCUGUUAAAGAAGAAUCUUCUAGCGACGAAGACAGUAGUAGCGAAAACGAACCUCCUGCUAAAAAAGUGGCUCCUGCUGCGAAAGUUCAAGUUGCGAAGAAGAAGGAAUCGUCAAGUGAAGAUUCUGAUGAGUCGGACGAAGAUGAGGCACCACCUGCGAAAGCAGUUACAAAACCGGUAACUAGCAUGACAUCGAAGAAACAGGAAUCCUCCAGUGAAUCAUCUGAGGAUGAUUCGGAAGAUGAAGCACCGGCUAAGGAAGCACCCGCUCCAGUAAAAACACCUCCGGUAAAAACGGGCGCGAAGAAGGAAUCUUCAAGCGAUUCGGACGAUUCAGAUUCGUCCGAGGAAGAAAAACCCAAAGCCAUUGUCAAAGCCGCGCCAGCGAAAGCUGUCGCCAAAACAGCACCUGCCAAAAAGGACUCUAGUUCGGAGGAGAGCGAUUCCGACGAAGAAGAAACACCAAGCCAGAUGCCUGUCAAAUCGCAUAAGAGGAAGCGCACAGAUGAAAACGAAGACAAGUCAGCUGAGAAUAUGAAACCGUCGAAGAAGAAUUACGAUAAUUUUGUGAAAGCAAGCAACAACUUUAACGGUGACCAGCCCAAGAAAAGUGUUCCAUUCCGUCGUGUAAGACAGGAGGAGAUCACAGUGGAUCCAAAAUUAGCUAAUAAUUCCUUCGAAGCAAAGAAAGGAGCACGCGGAUCGUGGGGAGAACGAGCCCAUCAGGAUCUGAAGCAUACAAAAGGCAAGUCGUUUCGGCAUGAGAAGACCAAGAAGAAGCGUGGUAGCUAUCAUGGCGGACAAAUAGAUACUAGUGUUAAUUCCAUUAAAUUCGAGGAUUAAACAAAUACACCUACAUGUAACAUUGAUUUUUUUUGGUACCAUUUACGUCAUUAAGAUGAUAAGUUAAAAUACUACUUUAUGAUGCAAACAUUUAUACUGGAAUAUUCUGUAAGAAGUUUGCUCCCAAGAACUCUUUAAAGAAAUGACAUAAUCGAUUACACUAUUGCCGAACAGUAUGUAUAUUUGAUAAAAAUAUGUAUUCUCCUUACAGUAAUUGUUCACGAUCUCUGUGAUGUCUGCUAUGUAAUUUUAUUCGCAAUAUAUCACAUGACGAUAUGUUGAUUUUUAUAAAGAGAGAGGAGCUUACAGAAGCUGUAUUACUGAGAUUACAUGUGUGCAUUUUAUUGGAUUCGAUAAGUCCGUGAGAAUUUUUAUGAAAAGCUUAAAACCGAUACCCUUAUGAUCAGGCACGGCUUGACUUUUUUCUUUUCGAUAACCUGCUAAAAAAAAGAAAUGGUUAAUACAUUAUUGAAUAAGUUAUUUCGCCCAACUAUAAAUGUAUCGACCUUCGCACGAACUUAUCGAACAAUUCAAUAUAUUAUAACAAAUUGAAAAAAAAAAAGCUGUAGUAAAGUAUUCAAUGCAACCAAGGUGUCUAUCGUUUCUGAGAAAUUCGAUGGCUACAGGCCCUUAGAUUUAACACUUAUUUUCUAUAAUAAUGGUUUAAAAUAUCAAUUUGACUCACAAAUGA